CAGGCCAUAUCUCACUUAAUGACCUCGCAGGUAUUUCAACCGUAAUCGACAGCUGAAACAAAAAAUAGACAACAGUAUAUCGAAGACAGCUCAAGUGUAUUGUUUUCCAACCUCAAUAGGUUCGUUUAGAACGAGAAAAAGCCAGACGUUUUCCAACUAAAUGCCCAAUUAUCGGUGUAUUCGAAAAAUCAGUGACGGCCGCAUCAGAUAUGACACUAAAAUAGUUCAUAAAUCAGUCGCCAUUGGAACGUUAGUAGUUUGUGACGUCACCACUUCACAGCGCUCUUUUGUGAUUUAGAUUUCUACAUAGAGGUCUCACUGAAAUGCGAAUGACUGUAUUUAGAAUAGUAGUGAAACAGCAAUUAAUGGCACAGUAUAAGGAAAGUGUUCGAUAAUUUCCAGUUGAGUUUUUGAAAUUUUCAACCUGGAUGUAGUGACAAAUAUUUUCAUUUGUGCUAUUCAACUAUCUACGUGAAGACACGUUCAUUGUGUCAGGCUCAUUGUUUUUUCACUAUAGGUUUCUUGACAAAUGAUAAGUUUAAAUAGUCGAUAUCGGAGUGUUUACCAGAAAAAACUGGACUUUUGGUAUAUUGUCUUUAAUAAUUGAGUUUGGAUCAAGUGAAGUAAUAUGGUAGUGCCGUUUCAAUCGUUCAAUUACUGUUCGAAUGCUUAUGAGGUGCUCUCAUUGGCGGUCAAGUGCUUUUUCACGUCCUGUGAUCAUCCUUGCAGUAAAGUGACUCCUGCGGAUCAGGAACUAACUGUUAUAAAUGGCGGCCUAGCCUCGAAAGGACCGCGGCCAACAACAGGAGUCGCAGGAGGAGGAGGAGUGAGCGGAGGCGGAAGCAUGAUUGAGACUCCGCUGGUGAGUGCGCUGGAGAGAGAUGGAGAGUUCUUAGCGCGGUUGCUGCGGGCGGCAGAGGAUGACCCCCGCCUCCGCGUCGACCGCCUCCACGCCACCCCAGCUGCACGUGCCACCCCCAACCUCAUGUCCAGCAUCACCCGCAUGCAUCUGUUCGGGCGCCGCGGGAGUCAAGGUACAGAACGCUCAUUCCGCCGCGUGCUGCUAGUGAAACGCCAAACAUCCGGCGGAGCGAUGCGGCGAAGCAAACGCAGCGAUCCCGCCUUCUGCAACGAGGCGGCCGCAUACGACGUCGUGCUACCUGCUCUGCGUGCCGCAUGCGACUCGGCCGCAGCCGCAUGCGAUUCGGCCGCACCCGCUUGCGACCCCGUUCAACUGCCGUUUGCGCCGUGUCUGUACGCCUCGUCGCAGCUGCUCAUACUGCACGACCUCUCUCAGGACGGAUAUGUGAUGGCCGACCGCCGUCAUGGACUUGAUUUUCACCAUUGUCGAAUCGUGUUUCAGACACUGGCGAAAUUCCACGCCGCCUCACUAGUCAUGAAACACAACGACAGAGCGGGCUUUGAUCGCAUGCGGGGCCGCAUACGACGUCGUGCUACCUGCUCUGCGUGCCGCAUGCGACUCGGCCGCAGCCGCAUGCGAUUCGGCCGCACCCGCUUGCGACCCCGUUCAACUGCCGUUUGCGCCGUGUCUACACUGGCGAAAUUCCACGCCGCCUCUCUAGUCAUGAAACACAACGACAGAGCGGGCUUUGAUCGCAUGCGGGGCCACAUCCAAGAGCUGAUCUUCGUGCCCGAGGCUGUGCCGGUGAUGUUGCCCUCGUCGCAGCUGCUCAUACUGCACGACCUCUCUCAGGACGGAUAUGUGAUGGCCGACCGCCGUCAUGGACUUGAUUUUCACCAUUGUCGAAUCGUGUUUCAGACACUGGCGAAAUUCCACGCCGCCUCACUAGUCAUGAAACACAACGACAGAGCGGGCUUUGAUCGCAUGCGGGGCCACAUCCAGGAGUUGAUCUUCGUCCCCGAGGCUGUGCCGGUGUUCGGCGCCUCCCUGGAGAACUCGCUCAAGAUGGCGAUCGCCACCCUCAAGUCGUGGUGCGGCCCCGAGGAUGUUGCCCUCGACGACGCCAUCCAUAAGCUGCAGAUGCUGCAGGGAGGGGUGUUCCAGCGCAUGGUCACCGUCAUAGCUCCCAAGGAGCCGCUAGCCGUCAUCUGUCAUGGUGAUUUCUGGGUCAACAAUAUGCUGUUCAGGUACAAUGAAGAAGACAAAUCGGUGGAAGACGUGAAGUUCGUGGACCUGCAAGUGACGCGGUACGCGUCUCCAGUUACGGACAUGCUGCUCUUCCUCUACACGAGCGCCGACCGUGACGUCACACGCCUCCACUACGACGAGCUGCUCGAGAUCUACCUGGAUCAGCUGACCGCGUCUGUCUGCCAGCUGGCCCCCUCAGCACCCGCCAUCAAGCUCAAGGACAUUGUCAACGAGAUCGAACGCCACGCGCUCUAUGCGCUGCUCAUGGUACUACUGCUGCUGCCAGCCGUCACAGCUGAUCCCGUGCCUGAUGAUGUCAUACCCAACAACUACGAGACAGCUGAUCAGCUGUGCAACGAUUUGAAGAAGAAGGGGUGUCUAGAGUCGACCAAGGAGUGUUUGACGCCUCGCUACAGGGAGCAUGUCAGGGACAUGGUGCUCGAGUUUGUGGAUAGAGGUUUCAUAUGAAUCUACUUCGAAAAAGAUAAACUGAAGGAACUUUACUGUGCACGUGCCCCGAUGAUUUGAUUUUGUUACAGGGGUUUUAUAUGAGUCUAGUUCCAGAAAUGAGUGAGAGUUCGAAAGAAACAUUUGUUAGCACUCCGAAACCGGGAGCGGGCAGUUUUAUAACAGAUUCGAUUUUGUUACUGGGGUUCUAUAUGAAUGGAAUUCUAGAACUGAAUGAGGGAGUUCGAAAAAGCAUGUGUUAGCACUUGGACCCGGGAAGAGGAAGCGGGUGAUUUCAUAAUAGAUUUGAUUUUUUUGUAGGAGUUUUAUAUGAAUCUAGAUUCAGAAGUGAGUGAGGGAGUUCGAAAGACAUGUGUUGAUUUCAGUGUGUUGGGAUGGUGUUUUCAUAACACAUUUGAUUUUGUUACAGGGGUUUUAUAUGAAUCUAGUUUCAAAACUAUGAUUAAGGAAGUUCGAAAAACAUGACUGUGUUAUCACACAAAAGCUGGGUUUACACCAAAGUUAUUAACAAAAUGUUAAUAACUCAAUCCUUAUAGAUUCUAUUAGGUUGAACGGAACUUGACAAACACAUAUGUUCAUCAUGUGUAUGAUAAGUUAUGUUCAAUCUAAUAGAAUCUAUAAGGAUUAAGUUAUUAUCAUUUUGUUAAUAACUUUGGUGUAAACCCAGCUUAAGGGUCGUUUGCACAGUCGAAGCUUAAACUGGAUUUAAUCAGCUGGUGGCUUAAACUGAAAAUUAAUAAAACAAAUUAUAACAAACGAGACUUGAUGCGGAUUUAAUCCAGUUUAAAAUGAAAUUUAGUUUAAACUGUCACUGUGCAAACGAACCUUAAUGUGCGCGCAUAGUGAAAAGGGAAGAGGAAGAGGAAUGCUGUCAGAGCAGGAUAGACGUACCUUCUGAAACACAAAUACAUUUGAUAUUAUGGGGUGUCCGUAUGAUAAAGAGGUCGAUGCAGAGGUAUACCUCUUCCAUAACAGGGAAUGUAUUUGUGUUACAGUGAGAUGUACCUCUAUCCCGCCUAUACCUCUUCCCUCUACCUCUACCUCUUCAUUAUGCGCGUACCCUGACGAUUUAAUUUUGUUACAGGGGUUUUAUAUGAGUCUAGUUCCAAAAAUGAGUGAGAGUUCGAAAAAAAAUUGUUAGAACACUUACACGGGAAGAGGGAGCGGGUGAUUUCAUAACAGAUUUGAUUUUGUUGCAGGGGUUUUAUAAGAAUGGAGUUCCAGAACUGAGUGAGGGAGUUCUAGAAGACCAUGCAUUCACAGAUGCAGGAAGUGUAAGAGAACCGGAAUCAGGGUGAUUUUAGAAAUAAAAUCGUCCCGCUCCCGUUUCCCGAACUCUUCCCGCGUCGGUAUGUGCAAAGCUUUAUUGAGUAAAAAUGAUUUAAUCCGCUGAAGUUUCUAAUUUGAAGGCGAAUAGAAUAUAUAUUAUAUGAAGAGCGUAUCAUGAGUUUGUAACUUGAUUAAUAAAUUUGUAUAUAUAGGUCAAUAUAGGUGUGAAUCUGUUGUUACCAAGUAUAUUUUUGAAGCUGAAUGGAAGAUUUGGAUGGUGUAUCAUGAAUUUGACAUGAUUAUUGAAUCUGUAUUUACUGUGAACUUAUGUGAAUCUUCACUUUUACAAUUUUGAAGUUGAAUAGCAAAUUUGAAAGCGUAUCAUGAGAUUGACUUGAUUAUUGAUUCGUUUUUGAACUAUUAUGACGGCACUACAGUCUAAUUUUUUGAAUAAUAGUUAUUAAAAACUAGCACCUACGUUGAGCGCUUUCGGACACUGCUGUGUUGAAAAUGGAUUUUUUUAAAUCCGAAGGCGCUCCACGUGAGUACUAUUUAUUUUUAAUAACUAUUAUUUAAAAAAAUAGACUGUAAUGGUGUCGUCAUAAUAGUUCAAAAACGAAUUAUUAACUCGUAGUUCGUCAUGGAUUGGAAUAUAGAUGAGUAUUAAUUAUUAUUGAAUUUGUAUGUAGAAGUUGAAUUUACGGUUGGCAAAUAUCACUUUAAAUCUUGACAUAUACUGUAUUAUCAUGAUUAUUUAUUUUUUAUAAUUAUGAAUGUGAAUUUGCUGUUAGCAAAUUAUUUUCAAAGCCGAAAGCAGAUUGGAAAAAUGUAUCAUGAUAUAAAUACGGUAUGAUUAUUGAAUUUUUAUAUAGGUGUGAAUUUGCUGCUGAUGAUUCUAUAAUUUGAAGUUGAUUUGGUAUAAUAGCUUAAUGGAGAUAGUAUCAUGAGUUUGACAAGAUUAUCGAAUUUGUAUACAGUAUACUGUACCUAGGUAUGAGUCUGAUGUAGGCAAUCAUAUUAAUUUGACAGCCGAAAACAGGAUGGAAAAUUAAACAUGAAUUUGACAUGAUGUAAUUUAUCAGUACGGUACCGGUAGUUUUUCAAGAGAAGACUGGGUUUGUAUACUAGGUAGAAUUUAUUAUAAAUUUGGCAAAUAACUAUGACGAUGAAGGAUAGUGUAUAGUAUAGUAUUAGUGUGUAUGGAAUGUAAACUCUUUAAAGGGAGUUUCUCUUUGCUUCCAACUUGGUAAAUAAGUACGGUAUAGAUGUGAAGAUUUUAUUUGUACGGUUUUUCUAGAAUAGAUUUCAUGCCAAAUAACUUGGAGAAGUGGAGUAUUGAAUAACUUGAAUUGGAAAAACUUGAUGAUGUACUACGAGAAAAAUAUAAUUUUAACAAACAUUUUCUUGUACAUGGGAAUUAUAUUUUUGGUAUGAAUCUGCUUAGAUUCAUUAUAGAAGCUUUUUAUCAAGUUGGAGCUUGUGAAUAAUAAAGAUGAAUAUUAUUGAAUUCUAUUUGAAUAAUUGAACUAGGGAAUUAAUAAUAAUUAUGUUAAUUCCUCAUCAUGCUUGCAUAGUUUUGUUGCUGAUUGAAACAUAAUACAGUAUCGAUAUUUUCUAUGUGUAAGAUGGUUAGUGGUGGUGUUAAGAAGUUAUAUUGCGUGUUGAGUAAGUGUCUGGCUAACUAAAUACAACUUGUUAUCCACUCAGAAUAUUAUAAAUGUUUUAUAGUUAAUAUUAUAUAAUUUAUAUUUUACAUUUUAUGUAGUAGUAUAUAUAUCAACUCUUAUUUCAUUAAAAUCAGUUCUUAGUUUUGGUUUUUAUCUAUAAGCAUUUAUGUUCCAGAGCUGCUCUAUAGUAUUUCUACUGGGGUGUACUUUUCACGUACCGUGAAGUGCCGGGUACUGGUACAGUAGCCUAUAUUGAAGUUGAUAUACUACAAAGAAAGCAGGAAAUAAAACUGAUAGGUUCCUAUACUGAUCCUCAUCAGAGAAUCUUUUUUGUUUUAAAAAAGAAUCAUCAUUAUUUAUUUAUUCAUAUAGCUUUUAUCGGCAGAGAGAUCCUUUUGGGUGUUCUGCCUUGCCCUAUUACCCAAUGUCAUAAUUUUGAUUGAUGUGAAGGAUUAUUCACAUUUGGAAAGAUCAGUUUUAAUGCAUAUAGAAUUUUAUAAGCCUUGUACUGCUGUUGUGCACUGUAAAUUAAUGCUAUUAUGUGCACUCACCGGAUUGUUUGACUUGGAUGACUGAGUUUGAAUAAGCAAUACUGUUGAAUUUGAAACCCAAGAUUAGAAAGUAGCAUGAACAAAACUCAAUCAGUAAAUUCAUGUCUUUGUCGAAUAUGUAGUUAUGAAACUAACUUAUAUGGAGAAGAAUAUUAUAAAAUUCAUCAUUUUUGUUUUCUUUUCUCUCUAAUAAGAUUUGAUCGUCUUUUGGAAGCAUGUAGAACCAAUUAUUUUUAUAUUAGAAUAAAAGUUAACUUAUGUCUUGUCGCAAAAAUAAUAUUGUUUGUGUAAAAUGUAUUUAUU